AGAAGCAUACCUUGAAGGCACAAUAUAGUGACAUAAAAAGGUGAGUGGUUAAUGAAUGACAUGCAGAGCCUGUUCGUCUCCCUGGGCUAUAAGUUCAAUUCCUAGUAGGAUCAACUCUAGUUUCUAUGCUUCUGAUGUCAAUAAAAUAAGUGCCAUUAAUUUGGGUACCACCUGUUCAUCAGCCUCUAUUUCUGUUUAAAAUGAAUUCAUGGUUUCUCUUAAAAGUUGAGUUCCCCUUGGUUUCCUGAAUUUUGUCAAACAUUUUUAAAGUAUUUACAUUACUAUACCAGUCAGCAGUGCUUCCUUAUGAUAGUAGCCAUGAAAGGACCACCAUAUUUUAGAAAACCAGCAGCUAAAAUUAAGUCAAGUCAUUGUUGCCCCGGAUAUAAUGACCAACUGAACCACUAGCUCAAUCUUCUUUAAGGCAUCAUUUUUCCUGACUAUAGACAGUGCAUAUAAUGUCAAUAAAAGUUUAUUCAUUUGUUUAAACAAUGCAUUAAAUGACCACUAUAGCAUUAGGAAUACAAACUGCAAAUGCUAUAGUAUGCCCCUGUCAAUAACACUAGGUCUGUCUACACUAGGUCUGUCUACUCCCAACAAGCAUGAAAGCAUUAAAAACCUUUUUAUCAUUUACCUUAAUUCUAGUGGCUCCCUCGGCACUGGCUUGGUCUCCUCCUCCCGUGAUAGCAUGCUGAUGGAGUACCUAAUGCACAUGUGGGGUGAGCACCACACACACAUUAGAGCUUCUCCAUAGGAAAGCGUUGAAUCAGUGCUCUCCUAUGGAGAUUUUGGAGACACUGGAUGUCCUCAUUCAGAAUCCAGGAAGCACCUCUAACAGAUUCUGAAACUGCAAUGUUUUCACUUAUAGGGUUAGGAGGACAGGGGCAGUUCAUCAAGACCACUUCAUUGAGAUGAAGUGAACUAGGUGUCUACAAUAUCCCAUUAACUGGAUCCUUCAAUAUCACCUAUGACAACAAAUUUUCCAUAUUAACGGCCCUUUCUGUAAACCAUAUCUUCUGUAAACCUUGCUGAAUCAUAUCUUAUGUACUAUUUUAAUUUAAUACGUUAGCAAACUACAAUACUCCAUAUACAUUUAUUCAAUAUUCUGAAAAUCUGUUCGUCUAUGUUAAGACAUAUUUGAGCUCUGUAAAAAUAGAAGCAAUGUUAAGAUAAGUCUGCAGGCAUAUUCUACACACUGACGAAGGGAAAGGUAUCUCAACCAGUUACUGUAUUUUGUAUAUUUUACAAUAUUUAAUUGAAGCGUACAUCGCCCUUGCCUGUUAAAGAUGCUGUGGCCAAGGAUCAAUGGGAGCGAGAACAGUCUGAGAGACAGCCCAGCAGAUGUCAACACUAACAGCCUUGGGAAACUUAAGCAGAUGGUGGAGAAGGCUUUUGAGAG